CUGGUGAGAGCUGAGGGUUAUCGCUUCCAGGUACGUGCCUCUAUAAAAACCUCUGGAGCAUGCAUCCAACCCACAGGAACCUUUCAGUGCCUUUUCCAUUCCAGCUCUUUUGUCAUGAUCUCCAUGCAGCAGCCGCCGUCAUUCCCCAACAAAGUUCAAAGAGUAAUGGACUGCCCGACUGAGGAUGAAGGAACGCACAAAGAGCAGUGUGACCCCGAUAACUCAAAAAGUGCAUCAACAGCACAAUCUGACUCAGAUGCACCCGUAACUCUUAAAAUACUGCAGAAUUGGAUUCCAAGAGCUUCGCACUACUUUGAUAAAGAGCACUAUACCUACGUUGGCCACCAGAUCAUAAUUCAGGAAUCUAUAGAACACUUUGGAGCCGUGGUAUGGCCAGGAGCACUGGCUUUAUCUCAAUAUCUGGAGUCAAAUCAAGAACAAUUCAACCUCAAGGACAAAAAAGUUUUGGAAAUUGGCGCUGGAACAGGCUUGGUUUCCAUUGUGGCCUGUAUCUUAGGAGCUUAUGUAACAGCUACUGAUUUGCCUGAAGUUCUUGAAAAUCUCUCAUAUAAUAUUUCAAGAAACACAGAAAACAUGAAUACCCACAAACCUGAAGUAAGAAAACUAGUAUGGGGAGAAGACCUUAAUGAAGACUUCCCCCUAUCAACUUACCAUUAUGACUUCAUACUGGCAACUGAUGUUGUAUACCAUCAUACAGCUUUGGAUCCCCUGCUAGCAACAAUGGAGUAUUUUUGUAAGCCAGGAACAGUAUUACUAUGGGCAAAUAAAUUCAGAUUCAGUACAGACUAUGAAUUUUUGGAAAAAGUUUCCAAUAUAUUUAACACAACCAUUCUAGCAGAAUUUCCUGAAUCAGACAUCAAGCUGCUGAAAGCCACAGUAAGACACAAUUGA